CCUCUUUCUUUCUCGCUUUCUCUGAAUCUUAGGAGCUGGAAGUGGACGGGAGGUAAUCCCCACCAUGUGAGUGGGCGGCGCGGGUACCGGAGGCGUGUUUUUUUUUCUUUUUUUCUUUUUUUUUUUCUUUUUUUCCCAUUUUUCAAAUGCUGCUGUACCUAUAAAAAGAGUGCCUGCGUGCGUCAGAUAGUUUUCUCCAAUGGGUAAAGGUGACUAAAUACUAGUUGUCUCUUUCGCCGGCCCAGUCGCAUCCUAUCGGCAGGGGAAGAGAUGAUGCACGACUCUGGCGGUGUCCAAAUGGCGAGGGCGCUGAAACAUGCAGCCCUGUGCCUGAUGCUGCUGCCCCGGUUCCUCCUGGCCGCCGUCAUGUUGUGGCUCCUGGAUUUCUUGUGCAUUAGGAAAAAAGUGCUUCUGAAAAUGGGAGAGAGGCAGGACGGCACGGACGACCCGCCGGUGUGCGUCUCUGACUCUAAUAAGAUGUUCACCUUGGAGUCCCUCAGGGCCGUGUGGUACGGCCAGAAAUUGGACUUUCUCAAAUCCGCGCACCUCGGGUGCGCUGCGCCCAACACCGAGGUGAUGCUGGUCCAAGAGCGGAAGCAGGUCCGGAUUCUGGAUUGUAUGAAAGGGAAGAGACCGCUCAUCCUUAACUUUGGCAGCUGCUCCUGACCGCCAUUCAUGACGCGCCUGGCGGCGUUUCAGCGCGUCGUGAGCCAGUACGCAGACAUUGCGGACUUUUUAGUUGUAUAUAUCGAGGAGGCGCAUCCGUCGGACGGCUGGGUGAGCUCGGACGCUCCGUAUCAGAUCCCCAAGCACCGCUGCUUGGAGGACAGACUGAGAGCCGCUCAGCUGAUGCUCGCCGAGGUGCCGGGGAGCAACGUGGUGGUGGAUAAUAUGGACAACUCAUCCAACGCCGCGUACGGAGCUUACUUUGAGAGACUUUACAUCGUGAGGGAUGAGAGGGUUGUGUACCAGGGGGGCAGAGGUCCAGAGGGAUACCGGAUUUCCGAGCUUAGAAACUGGCUGGAGCAAUACAGGAACGAUGUGGUGAAUUCCCAAAGAGCGGUGCUCCAUGUGUAGUUGAAAGAUGCUGAACUGCCUGAUGCUCUGCCCAUUCUGCUUCAAUGUCCAACUCACAGUGCAAAAUAUUCAGAUGCUGCUAUCAAAUGUUCACACAUGGCACAUUAUGUUGUUGUUUUUUUUCUUGCGUAAAGAUAUUCAGGACUCUUUGACAAAUAAAGUCAUGUUCAAGCCUAACUUUAGGCUGUAGGCUGUUAUAUUGUGCUCGUCUUGACCUUAAUUGAUUCCUGAUAGCGAUUGUCUUUAUUUCUUUUGUAUGGAAAAAGUAUUGAAUCAGUUGAAACUGGAUUCAAUUAGUGAUCACUCUAUUUUUCUACAAUACUGGUGCGUGUGUGUGUGUGUGUGUGUGUGUGUGUGUGUGCGUGUGUGUGCGUGCGUGCGUGCGUUCAGGCUAGUAUCUCACUCUGGUGUUUCUGUGAAGUUCGGUUUUUAAAAGGCGAAGCCAGAAAGCCGACACUGAUGUUUGUGACACCGGCAGCGGGCCCAUAUUAGCGGGAUGCCCUCCUCGUUGAUCGAUUGCCAAACGAUGUAAUGUUGAAACCAUGUAAUUGAACAAAUGUUUUUAAUAAAUGUCAGAUCACACGUU